AGUCUUCUUUUCCUUUUCGUUUAAAGUAUUAGGUCUGUGCUUCUAUUCCCUGUGCCAGUGCCUUAACUGUGCUUGUCUGCAAAAAAAGAGUCUCUCUCGCUUCUCUAUUGCGUUGUACUGCCAUCUUCUCUCUUCUUCGUAUAUAGAGAUCUAUAUUCAUACAGCAAAUAUUGGCAGCUUUGUCGUCCCCGUCAGCGCAUUCUCGCAGCUUCCUUCUCCCCCCCCCCCCUUCCCCCCUUCGCGUUGGUGUGCAUCGACGUGCUUCCUUACUGACUUCACAACUCAAAAAACACGCGGAUCUUCCCUUCUUAUUACAAGAGCUCUCUUUUUCUUUUAUUUUCCUUUUCUCGUCAUUGUUCUGUUUCCCCCGUUGAAGCAGCGCUGCGGAAAGCGGCAAAGCUACCACUGCCUUCUUUCAACCACACACACACACAGGAAGCGUUCUGUAUUAUCGACUCUUCGGCUUCCACCAGGUCUUCUUUUUUCGUUCUUUCAAAAGAGGAUCAUUUGUAUUUAUAUAUAAAUGUUUAUUUAUUUUUUACAAUUCCUUCUUUAUUAUACACACUUGAUUGUCAUUGACUGUUCGCAGCGGUGAGGCCUUCUCCUUUGUUGCUUGCAACCGUCCUUUUCUGUUGUGGGCCCCGUGUAAUCCCCCCCCCCCUUCGGUUUAUUUCGAGUUCUCCGCACGUGCUUCCACCGUGGACCUCACGUCAUUGUAUCCACGAGGGCUUCUUGCGUGCUUGGGGUUGCUUGCAACUGCGCGAAACAACCAUCGAAGCCUACUUCGCCGCUACCACCGUCAGGAUCGUUGUGGAAGGAUGCUUACCAGCACGCAGGCGCCGACAGUAACGCAGCUGCACGGCCGCAACGUCAUCGCCGCCGUCUGCACCCCCGGCCAUUCCCCCACGGAGAGCAAGGACCCGCAGACCGGCGACAGCAGCGCUUACUCCACCAACUUCCCAACCUCGCCGGCCCCGGCCAGCGACGGGCUCACCGACGUGCUCGCCGUGAAGGCGCCCGGCGCGCAGCCCUUCAUCACCCCGAUGAUGCGCACCCGCGAGCGGACUUGCCUGCGCCGCCUCGUCACGGCGGCCGCGCUGGCGGCGGCGGUGGUGCUGCUCGGUGCGUGCUGUGUCUGGCUCUCCACCGCCGACGCGAGCGUCGACCCGGCAACAGGGCGAGUGCUUCCCCACACCUUUCAGUAUUUUGUGUACUGCUUCCUGGGUGGUGUGGUGGCGGGCACGGUGCACGUGUUCGUGACGCCGAUCGACGUGCUGAAGUGCCGGGUGCAGGUCGGUGAGUAUCACAGCUUCACGGAGGGCUUCGUGCAGCUCUACCGCGCCGAGGCCGACGGCUCGGUGCUGCGCGCGCUGCCGCUCUUCUUCCGCGGGUGGGUGCCGACGGUGUGGGGCUACUGCAUUCAGGGUGCGUUGAAGUUCUCCCUCUACGAGGUGUUGAAGUACGUGCUGCUGUUCGCACCGCUGGCCCGCAAACACGCGGCGGACGAGUUGCGUGCCCCGGCUGAAAAGCCGAGCCCGACGCUCUACGACGCUCGUGUGUUUCAGGUGAUGAUGUUCCUGCUGGCGAGCUCCUCGGCGGAGGUGGUGGCCGAUCUCGGCCUCGCCCCGUGGGAGGCAGUGAAGAUCCGCAUGCAGACCUCCAGCACCUUUCCCACCAGCCUGCACGCUGCCCUGCCGCGGAUGUGGGAGGCGGAGGGGCUGCAUGGCUUCUACAAAGGCCUUGUCCCGCUGUGGUGUCGACAGGUGCCGUACACGAUGAUGAAGUUUGCGUCCUUUGAGGUGAUCGUGGUGAGCUUGGCGGCCGCCUUCCACGCGGCGGGGCUGCUCGAUCGCGAUCACCCGAGCACGAUGGGGACGUUGCUCGUGAGCUUGAUGGCCGGGAUGCUGGCGGGGGUGCUGUGCGGGUUGGUGUCGCACCCGGCGGACACGGUGCUGUCGAAGCUGAACCAGAGGAGCAGCGCCGUGGUGGCGGUCGGUGGAGGGAGCGGCGACGCUGGCGCACCUCUGUUAGCCACCGCCAUUGCAGCGGCACGCAUCAACAGUGGUGUCAGCGGUGGUAUCCCCGGCGGGUCCUCCGGCGCGUUGCACGAUGUCGUCGUGGUGGUGCGUGAGCUGGGCUGGCAUGGAGUGUGGAAGGGCCUGGCGCCGCGUUUGUUGAUGGUGAGUGCCAUGACGGCGCUGCAGUGGGUGGUGUAUGAUGGCUUCAAGGUGCUUGUGGGGCUGCCUGCGUCGGGAAGUGUCGCGCGGCACUGA